CGGAACUUCGGUUUUGUGUCCGCCAUAGUAGAAAAUGGCGUCCGCGUUGAAAUUAAUGUGAAUCGAAGUUAAGUAGAAUCAGCGGCUGUACAGUGAUUUUAGCCCAAAAGUAUUGAACAAAACGUGAAUGGAUUGUAGUAAUUGCGAUGUAAAUAUGCAGAAUGUACCGCAAGAUAAGGGCGCCGACGAUUCGAGAUUAGAAAGAGUGAAUGUGCAGCACGAUUUAGGGAACAUUUUGUCUACUCCCCAAUCGACAAACUCGACACCGACGAAAUCUGAAACGGAAACUUAUUCGGAAAAUCCCAGAUUCAUGUCGGAGACAUCGGAAAGUGAAGAGGAUUCUGUCUCUGAGGUAGAGUCGUUAAUGGUAGAGCAGGAAUUUGAAGACGAGACGCAAGAAGGAGGUCCGAAAUUCUUGCUUGCGACUGAUACAGAGCGGAACGUUGAUCCAGAAACCCAAGCCCGCCUUGAAGCUUUGCUUCAAGCUGCAGGUAUUAGUAUAGCCGAAGGUAUAGGACAGCUGGCGGCGAAGGACGGCAAAGCUCUUGGCGAUCCUGAGGUCCUCCGCCGUUUAACAUCGAGCGUCUCUUGUGCUUUGGAUGAAGCUGCAGCCGCUCUCACCCGAAUGCGUAGCGAUAACGCCGUUGCUGUAGCUUCAUCUACCCAAGGAUUAUCACCUACAGUUUCUCCCCGACCGGCCACUCAAGGAGGAGGCGCUGCCAUCCAAGCACCAGAAAGAACAUCUCUUGUGGAAGCUUGUACUGAUGGAGAUGUGGGUACAGUUAAAAAGCUGUUAACGGAAGGUCGGUCAGUACAUGAGACCAGUGAAGAAGGCGAAAGCUUACUAAGCCUAGCUUGUAGUGCUGGCUAUUUUGAACUUGCACAGGUUUUGUUAGCGAUGCAUGCAAAUGUAGAAGAUCGUGGUAUUAAAGGAGAAUGCACUCCUUUGAUGGAAGCUGCGUCUGCUGGCCAUUUGGAAAUCGUUCGUUUGCUUAUUCACCAUCAGGCUGAUGUUAAUGCACAGUCCACGUCAGGCAAUACCCCGUUGAUGUACGCUUGUGCAGGAGGACACACAGAGGCGGUCAAAUACCUUCUGGAUCAUGGAGCCAAUGUAGAAGAUCACAAUGAGAAUGGUCACACGCCUCUUAUGGAAGCAGCUAGUGCCGGCCAUGUAGGCUUAGCAAAGAUCUUGCUGAUGAAUGGUGCUGGAAUUAACACCCAUUCUAACGAAUUCAAAGAGUCAGCUCUAACCCUUGCCUGUUAUAAAGGUCAUCUGGAUAUGGUUAGAUUCCUUUUAGAGGCGGGUGCCGAUCAGGAGCACAAGACGGAUGAAAUGCACACGGCACUGAUGGAAGCUUCCAUGGAUGGUCAUGUAGAAGUGGCUCGUUUGCUUUUGGAUUCUGGAGCUCAAGUCAAUAUGCCAACUGACAGUUUUGAGUCUCCACUAACAUUAGCCGCUUGUGGUGGGCAUGUGGACUUGGCCAUGUUGUUAAUUGAACGUGGCGCCAAUAUUGAAGAAGUGAACGAUGAAGGUUAUACUCCAUUGAUGGAAGCAGCUCGUGAAGGGCACGAAGAGAUGGUUCAUCUACUCCUUGGUCAAGGCGCUAACAUAAACGCCCAAACUGACGAAACGCAGGAAACUGCCUUAACAUUAGCUUGUUGCGGCGGUUUUACAGAGGUUUCAGAUAUUCUCUUAAAAGGGGGAGCUGAUAUCGAGCUAGGAGCAUCCACCCCACUGAUGGAAUCAUCUCAAGAAGGCCAUUUGGAGCUUGUGCGAUUCUUAUUGGAGUAUGGCGCAAACGUGAACGCUGUUACCCAGACGAACGACACUGCCUUAACUUAUGCUUGUGAAAAUGGCCAUACUGAUGUAGCCGAACUUCUAAUACAGUAUGGAGCUGAUAUCGAACAUGAGUCGGAAGGCGGACGAACACCAUUAAUGAAGGCAUGUAGGGCUGGUCACCUUUGCACGGUUAAAUUUUUGAUCGACAAAGGAGCAAAUCCGCGAAAGCAGACCACGAACAACGAUCAUACACCUUUAUCGUUGGCAUGUGCUGGUGGCCAUCUACCAGUUGUUCAGCUCUUGCUGGAGAAUAACGCCGAUCCAAAUCAUAAACUGAAGGACAAUUCAACUAUGUUAAUUGAGGCAUCCAAAGGCGGCCACGCUAACGUUGUUCAACUGUUGCUCGAUUAUCCUCAUUCUGUUAUGCUGAACCAACAACAGCAGGUCGCAACUACUGCUGCCACAAAUCUUGCAAUGUUGCCUGGACAAGUAGGCGGCAUGAGACAGGCGCCUGGCUCUUCUAACAUGACAAUGGCCUCUGGAGGAUCGUUUUUUCAGCCACCCUCAGUUCUGCAAGAAGUUCCUGAGGCUGUCCGCAUAAUUCAACAAGUGGAUUUGGAGUCAGCCUCUUCAAUUGAAUUCAAUUCCAAGCAACCAAGGCAGCAAACGGCUCCGCCUCAACAACUGAAAUGUAGGAAACAAUUGGCGAAAAGUCGAUCAACUGGAGCCAUGUUUGACGGCACGUUAACAUCCGCAGAAGCGCAACAGGUUCGAACACCUCCCUUAAUUGACUUCGAAGAUGAAGCAACAGCCGCAAUGGACUUUCUGAGUAAAGAAGAUCCCAAUAGUAGCACCAUAAUUGAUUACAUUAAAAACCGAAAACCGUUCGAUCCUGAAGGGAAUACGCAAAAACAACAAAUCCUGGAGGAACUACAUCGGGUCGAACGCGAGUUGCAUGGGAAACAGCAGCAGCAGGCUCAGCAGGUCGCAGCGGCGGCUGCUGCUGCCGCUGCCGCGUCUAGCCAUGUCUUUCAAUAUCAGAUUCCGCAAGAACAAUGUCUGGCACAGCAAGGAGGUGCGUCUCAACAAACAUCACUCACCCCCGUGAUGAAUUUCGAUCUUGCCAUGUCACAGCAAAAACCAGGUCUCGGUUACAGCACCGUAGGAUCUACACAACAGGCCCAGCUACCGUUCUACUCAGGAAUGAGUAACACGCUCUCGGCAUCUCAAUCUUCUCAAUUUGUUACGCCUACAAGUCAAACUCAGGGACAGCAGCCCGGAGCGCCCGCAUUUUAUUUUACCCCAAUAGCUACUAGUGUUCCGCCAUUGGCUGUAUCGGUAGCCGCCAGUGGCACAUCGAUGGCAAACGGAGGCAUAGUUUCCGCUCCAACGGCUCCUGGAUUGGGCACUCUGGUGCCCGCAUCAGCUCUAACUGCCCAACCAAUUAAGUUCCAAAGUGUCGCCGAUGUUAGUCAGAAUACUGCUAUUAAUGAUCGUCCGAAAGCAAAGCCAAUUAAGAAGGAGGGAAAGAACAUACGAAAGCAGCAAUUGGCGCAACAGCAAGCCCAGCAGCAACAAUGCAUGCAGCAAACAUUACAGAAUGGGGCGAACCAAUCUACGCAACAAACCAGUGUAGCACCACCAAAAACCUUCAAUAUAUUCGCUGAUCAACAGGUGUCGAUGUUUCGACAACUGCAGAUGCCUCAACCCCCCCAGCAACAACAAAGGCCUGGGCAAACUCCACAACCCCCGAUGCAAUUUCAAAAGGCUGAUGGUAGUGUCUCUUCCGACCUGCUUAAUGUUCCCGAUUUAGACGUGACAUUUUUAAAAGAUGAGCAACAAGAAAGUAUUCUAACUGCAUCCAUUCUUCAACAAUUCCAUAAUGCGUCCUUAACAUCAAUACCAUUUGUUAGAGCUGCGACUGUGGGUUCUCCUCAAAAAACUCGCCUCGAGGUUUACGAUGCCACGCAGCAGGACCCGACUUUAUCUACGAAGGUUACCAAAUUGGACUUGGCCGAAAAGGACUUCGUCGACGACGUUGUUCAAACUCUGGAAGUUACACCUUAUCCCGGUACUUUGGACGAGUCUAUGAUAGCCUCUCUUGCUGCAGCUCAACAGGCGGACAUUCAGUUAGCGGCAGCAGCUGCUGCUGCAGCAUCAGGAAAUACAGCUGAUCAUUCGAGAGUGGAAUAUUUUGCUGUACCAACUGGCAGUGGAACAUCCGGGCCCACAGGUCAAGUCCCCGUGCAUGCGCUUUACCCUUACGACCACUAUUUGCAAGGGUUUCAAGCCGGUUAUAGUUUAAAACAGCAGCAGCUAGACUCGCUAACAGGCGCUGUGGCUCAACCUCUUAGCGGUCAACAACAGAACUAUGUCUCCUCUAACUCUCAGUCAUGUGUUCCGUUACCUCAACAAGCUCAGCAAAUGGCUCAAUGUGGAAUCGUUACUCAAGGUAGUCACAUAGCUCAGCCGUGCGCUCAACAUCAACAACCAACCAUCGGUGGUCAGCAACAACAGCAAAUUGUAACGCAGCAACAGCAAUUAAAUGCAAAUCAGGUACAGGCUGCCACGCAAACCCAAUCACAGAUUGGUCCUGAUGGAAAGAAACUGCAAAAAAUCGAUAUAAAAUCCGAUAUAAAGCUAAAGAAGGGCCGAGUACUCCGUCAUCUAAACCCGUCUCAAAAUGCUUUUAUGAAUGAACAGAACUAUCAGAUCGACCACAAUUCAGCAAUCACACAGUACAGUGGUGCAGCAGCCGCUGCAGCUAAUCAGCAGCCGGUACGUCAAUGCACCGGUGCCAGUUCGCUGCAAUCGUCACCAUCAAUGGAUGUCGACUCAGAAACAGAGAGCAAUCACGACACCGCUCUAACAUUAGCUUGCGCUGGAGGGCAUGAGGAACUGGUUGAAUUGUUGAUUAGUCGAGGGGCCGAUAUUGAACACCGUGAUAAAAAAGGGUUUACGCCUCUUAUUUUGGCCGCUACGGCUGGUCAUGAGAAAGUAGUUGAAAUCCUUUUGAAUCACAAUGCCGAUAUUGAGGCCCAAUCCGAACGUACCAAAGACACUCCGUUGAGUCUUGCGUGCAGUGGUGGCAGAUACGAAGUUGUUGAGUUGCUGCUCACUCGAAAUGCCAACAAAGAGCAUCGAAAUGUUUCUGACUACACACCAUUGAGUUUAGCAGCAUCCGGCGGCUAUGUUAACAUCAUUAAACUGUUGUUAAGUCAUGGUGCAGAAAUUAAUUCGAGAACGGGAUCUAAGCUUGGAAUUUCACCUUUGAUGUUAGCGGCAAUGAAUGGUCAUGGAGCUGCCGUUAAGCUACUUCUUGAAAUGGGCAGUGACAUUAAUGCCCAAAUUGAAACCAAUCGAAACACUGCUCUUACUCUAGCUUGCUUCCAAGGGCGUCAUGAGGUUGUCGCCUUGCUUCUGGACCGAAAGGCAAAUGUAGAACAUCGAGCGAAGACCGGAUUGACCCCACUUAUGGAAGCAGCUUCAGGAGGAUAUGUGGAAGUAGGGCGGGUUCUUUUAGAUAAAGGGGCUGAUGUCAAUGCAUCUCCUGUUCCUUCCUCCCGAGACACGGCUUUAACUAUUGCUGCUGAUAAGGGUCACGUAAAGUUCGUCGAACUAUUGUUAGAUAGAGGCGCCCAAGUAGAAGUCAAGAACAAGAAAGGAAACUCCCCUCUUUGGUUGGCUGCCAACGGUGGCCACUUGCCUGUUAUCGAAAUGCUUUACGCGCAUAAUGCUGAUAUCGAUUCGCAAGAUAAUCGUAAAGUGUCGUGUUUAAUGGCUGCUUUUCGUAAAGGUCAUGUGCGUGUAGCCAAGUGGAUGGUACAGCAUGUGACUCAAUUUCCCAGUGACCAGGAAAUGAUGAGAUUUAUAGCCACGUCGAGUGAUAAAGAGCUGCUUGACAAAUGCGACGACUGCGUCAAAAUAAUCCGAGCAGCGAAAGAGACUCAAGCUGCAAGGGCGAACGAAAACGCAUCUAAUCUUCUCGAAGAACUUGAGUCAGAAAGAACUAAAGAAGAAUCGAAGAGGGUGCAGGCAGCCAAACGUCGCGAGAGAAAGAAGAAGAAGCGUCUCGAAAAGAAAGAGCAGCAGAAGAAAUUAUUGGAAGAAAAUCAGAAAAAUGAGAGCUAUGAUGACGUGAAAAAGGAGAGUAAGGGAGAUGUAGAUGACGCAGCUUCGGAUGUUGCGCAUACAAACAACAACGACAAAGAGGAGGGCGAUAGCGGAAUUGAUGCUAACAGUCAAGGCAGUUGUUCCAGCAAUGAUAUUAAGGAGAAGUCUCCAAAGGAAAAGCGCAAAAAUAAGAAGAACAAGAAAGGAAAAGAAUUGGUCAGCAAGCAAGACGACUUAUCCUUGAAGCCGAAAGCUAGUACUAGCAAAGAUGUUCAGGCAAAGUCUGAGGUUAAAGAUAAAGAAAACAAGGAACCCAAGGCUUCAAUUAAGGUAUCCAUCAGAAAGUCACAUUGCGGCAUGACGAUAGAAAAAUCUCCGAAAUCGAUGACUUUCGAUACAGCACCUACCAAGUCUCCAGCAGAUCGAGAUGACUUCGAGGCAACUGGCAACGAAACUUAUGUGGCUCCACCUAAAACUAAGAAGUCCAGUGAGGACAACCACAACUAUUCGCACAGCGUUAAAAAUACCAACAUAAGCCCGAAGCAGUCGACAAAACGAGAGGAAGGAUGGAAAGAGGUAGUUCGCAAGUCGUCGGUGCAGACUGUUUCAGAGAGUGGAGUGAAGAAAGUGUCUGUACCAUUAAAUGCUAUAUCUCGAGUAAUUGGUAGAGGUGGGAGCAACAUUAACGCAAUUAGACAGCACACCAAUGCCUUGAUUGAAGUAGAGAAACAGAGUAAAGGUCAGGGAGAGCGGAUAAUUACUAUUAAGGGGACACCAGAAAUAACCAAGCAAGCGCAUAACUUGAUAGCGACGUUAAUCAAAGAUCCAGAAGUCGACAUUAUGUCGAUAUUGCCAAAAACAUCUAAGGCAGUAAACACCACAACGACUUUAUGGGAUAAAACUCAAAUUGCAACUAAAAAGAAUGCUGGAAAGUUAGUCAUGUCCAGUCAGUCUACACUGCAACAGCUCCAUGUUAAGUUGACAUCAAGCAGUGCUAACACGACGCAGCAGUCCACCUCUAGGUAUUCCACUGCAUCGAUGAAAUACCGGCAAUCGGCUCCCGCAUCUAGUAAUGCCAGAGCUGCAGCGCCAAGAAUGAUGAACCAUUCGGAAAAAGCGCAGCAGUCCAUGUCAGCGAAUCCUGUUCGAAUGCCAACAUCAACAGCGACGUAUAGUAGCAGAUCAGCAACUGCGAAAACCAUCACCACUAGUGCAAGUCAAACUUUUGCAGAAAAGCUGACUGAAAAUGUGAGUUCAACUACAACGUCGAAUGUUGGUGUCAGUGCAGCUGCUUCCAAUGUGGUAGCGGCGAAGCCUCGAACGGCUGUAAACAUGCCAAGUGUAGCUGGGCCAGCUUCAUCUCAAACUUGCACACCGACUUCAAUAAGUAACGUGCAUAAUUCACCAAGCAAGAACGCCCCUAGACCGGCACCUACUGGUUCAGCGCCACCAUCGAUGCAGCAUUUCCAACCGCCUGCGAGCAAGAGCCAAUCGCAGCUGAUUUUUGGCAAUGUAAUUCAAUCCAAUCAUAAUAUGACGCCUGCCACUGCUAUCAGUGAAGUCGCUCCGACUGCUAGCGUUGUCACUACCGCGUCUAAUAUACCAGCUGCCGUUCAACCUCCCCAGCAGAAGCAAACGCAAGACGAAAUUUUGCAUCCACCAGUUGGACCAACAUCACAAUAUACUUUAUUCUGCCCAGUGGAGUAUUUUUGGUCAAUGGGAGAUGAACAUAAAAAAAAUUUCGCUUCAGCUGCGGGUGGUGGGAACAGUCAAUCUACAGCUCAACAGCAUAAGUUCAUCGAUCAAGAACCACCACCUCAAGUGGAUAUCACUAAAGCACCUGGAUAUCGUGGAGCAGCAGUCUGCUCACCUGUUUCCUCAAAAACUAGUAGCAAUAGUACUACUCCUCCCAAUCUAUCAGGUGCGAACUCAUUCCCGAUCUAUCAAGAAGCAACAAAGCCGCAGAACACUCUGCCGCCAAUCGGUUCUAGACCGCACAACACCCAACAAGAGUUCAGCCCAUUUAUGGAUUAUAGCAAGCCGCCGAGCACACUCCCAUUGUUAAGUUUAGGUAACGAGGGUGUCAAGCUGUUACAGAACAUCAACACGAUGCCACUGAACUUUUCACAAGCACAGCCCCAAGUCAAUAUGCAACAGCCCAGCGGUAUCAAUCAGCGUUCCACUCUCAGCAAUUUAAAUCCGGGCGCAUUGGAGUAUCCUGGCGGGUACAAUUCCAUACCCAAUAAGAACGUGGUUCCACCUCUAUACAAUGGGUACCCGAUGAACAUGCCGAACAAUAUGUUUGCCAAUAAAGGAAACAUGGAGAUUGGUAAUAUGGGCUACAAUCGAGGCGGGGUGCUCGGAAAUGACACGUCCGGUGUUUCAUGGAUGGGCGUACCUCAGCCGACGUUCUCCCAACAGCAGAAUGACAUCAUGAUGCAAGAUCUAGCCGGAAUGACGUUGAAAAACAUUCACGCCAAAGCAUAUAGUGGAGAAACUAGAGAAACCAGUUCAGGAGGUCUGUCCGGAAUUGUUACAAAUUCGCCCCACAUGUCGCCAAAUAUAUCAGUAGCGCCGCACCAAGCCGGUUUACAUUCAGAUGUUGGGCGAUAUGCCGAGGAGAGGAAGCCUCAACCCAUUGGUACCGAACGGGCUCGGAAGGGUUACAUCCACCAGCUGGAUCCAAACUGGUCAGUUAUGGAUAAUCAAGCCAAGUGGGCCGGCAAUAGUUUGGAGUACGGAAUGCGACAACCGCCGAUGUAUUCCGAGGAGCCGCCAAUGGACUUUGUGCAGAGGCCUGGUCACAUGGACAACUUCAUGGGGCCGCCUUUUUUCAACAACCGCCAACCUCCAGUCUCAAACUUUGGGGAGUUUAUUCCUGACGUAAACAAGUUGGAUCUGCCGUGGGAUAAUACCCGUCCGAUGUCUGAUGUGCCAGACAAACUGAGUUGGUCUAACCAAUGGAACAAGUAAACCCAGCCAAUGUAAUACGAACUGCAAAAACUAUAAGCGUCGUUUUUUAAAAUAAGUCCAAAAAUACUGAAUUUAGAUUAACUUUGUAAUUUUUGGAGUACAGCAUUUUACAGUAGACAAAAAACUAGAACUAUAGUUAACAUAAUUUCGUCAUUUUCAUUUUGGUUUGAGGUGAUGCUAAGGCUCCCGUAUACUUCCUCAACUCUCCGGUAUUCAACACUCUGGGCAUGUGUCUCGAGUUCAAAGGACACUAUAGUGCUUUUGCCUGUAACUUUUAUUUAACUGUGUAUGUUCGGCUAGGUCCGUUAGGUUACCUAUGUUGGUGUCGUGUUGCUGAAAGAUGGGCCAAUUGAUUGUUCAGAUGAUGGGCAGAAUUUGUUUGAUCUAAUCAGCCGCCGCUAUUCCUUCAGUAACACAUUUCGGCACUGCAGUUGUGGUGAUUUUCAAUCCAGCUGAUAUCACAAUUCGCUUAUAGUUUUUAAAUGUUGAAAUGUAGAAGAUUGAUUGGAACCAGUUGGUAAUGAUUCUCCUUGAACGAUCAUAUUGGCAUUUUGAAGUUUCUUUGUUCUGCCAAGUAUCGGUGUUGUAUGUUUCAGUCGUGUUAGACAUUAAAAAAUUAAUAGCUAGAUGUUUCAAUGAUCUAAUUGUGCAUCUAUAAAUGAACACCGUGCGUUGGGGCAAGGAAAACUAUUCAUUUCAUAUUCGUCAUAAAUACCGGUGAAACUCGAUUUAAUCAUAUUAAGUAUGCCGAUGUACAUUGAGCUUUAAUGUGCUUUUUAUAGACCUAGUUUAUAUUAAGUCCGUUAUGGAAGUUUCAGUCUUUUAUCGACUAUCUCGACUGACAAAUCUCAGCAGAACUUUCAGGUAAGCCAGUUGGAUUUAGACGUAAAAACGAUAUAAACAUAAUAUACUGAAAUAUAAUGAUGUAAACUGUAGUAGUUGCGCAUAAAAAUGUAAAAAUAUUGGUCCAGGGAUUUUUGGCGUUAGGGUCAAGUUACUAUUACGUGCGAUUGUUGUUCUCUAAUCGAAUAUAUUCCGAUUUCCUUUUCCUACCGAGGAGUACCCUCCGAGAGCGCUCUUUUUAGGGGUUGCUGGCCCCUUGUUAUACUGUAGGGUUAUUAUAAUACGGAAUUAUUAUGUAAUAUUGCUUGUACAUGAAGACAAAUAUAUCUUUAUGCACUGUA